CCUAAAAAUGUCGAAAUUUCUUUACUUAGCCAACAAACGAAACAUCACACCAAAAAAGGUAGCAGCAACAGCGGCAUUAUGUGUGGUUGCAGCCUACGGAGCUAAAAGAUGUUGUCCGGAGGUGAAGAAAGCGCUUUCUUGGCUUCUGGGAACAGGAGAUGCCAUUGACAAGGAUGAAACAUUGUCACUCAACAAAAGUUACCGGGACACACAUAAGAAAGGAAAGAAGUCUACCCCCACUGUCAACAAAAGGUUUUACAAGCAGUUAAGACAUCUGUUGAGAAUCAUUAUCCCCGGACUUUGGACCAAAGAGUUCGGGAUAUUGACUGUUCACACACUGACACUGAUAGUGAGGACGUUCCUCUCCAUAUACGUGGCAACGUUAGAUGGACGAAUAGUACAAACAAUAGUGAAAAGAGACGUGAAAAGUUUUCUCCUCAGACUAACUCAAUGGCUCCUGAUUGCAAUUCCCGCAACAUUUGUCAAUAGUCUUAUACGUUUUCUUGAAUGUAAAUUAGCACUGGUGCUGAGAACACGACUAGUCUAUCAUGCUUACAAAUUAUAUUUCAAAAAUCAAACCUACUAUCGUGUUGACAAUUUGGACAGUCGUCUGUCCAAUUCUGACCAAUGUCUCACAGAUGACAUCACAAUGUUUACACAAUCUCUUGCUCAUCUUUAUUCCCACCUAACAAAGCCUAUCCUUGAUGUAGCAUUAAUCACGUUUACUUUGUAUUCGCAAGCUAGUAACCGUGGAGCAAGCUCCAAAUACCCAUCAAUGCUGGCUGCAAUAGUUGUAUGCUGUACAGUUCACAUUUUGAGAAUUGUUUCUCCAAAGUUUGGCAAAUUAGUGGCAGAAGAAGCAAAGCAUAAAGGACAUCUACGAUAUGUGCACUCAAGAGUCAUUGCAAAUGCUGAAGAGAUUGCCUUCUAUGGAGGACAUAAGAUUGAACAAAACUUGUUGCAGACCAGCUACAAACAUUUAGCAAAACAAAUGGACGUUAUUUUCAAGACCAAACUUUGGUAUAUUAUGUUAGAGCAGUUCUUGAUGAAGUAUGUCUGGAGUGCUAGUGGACUUGUUAUGGUGGCCAUCCCGAUGAUAUCUGCAACUGGAGGAGGCAUACGUGCUGAUGGUAGUCAUGUAGAUGAUGAUCCAGAUGGAGGAGUUGGAGAAAGGACAAAGGCAUUUACUACUGCAAGAAACCUUCUAAUAAACUCUGCAGAUGCUGUUGAGAGGCUGAUCUCAUCAUACAAGGAGAUCACAGAACUUGCUGGAUACACAUCACGAGUUUCUGAUAUGAUAGAGGUGUUUGAAGAUGUUGGAGUUGGAAAGUAUCAGAGAAAUGCUGUCACCAAAGUAGGAAAAGGCAUAACUGUAGACCAUGUUAGUGGACCUCUGGAAAUCAAAGAUUCUACAGCAAAACCCUGUUACCAUGGUGAAGUUGUGGAUACAGAUUCGACAAUUGAUAUUCAGAACUUACCCAUCAUUACACCCAAUGGAGAUGUCAUUGUAGCCAACCUGAACCUCAAGAUUGAGAAAGGAACACAUCUGUUAAUCACUGGACCAAAUGGAUGUGGCAAAUCGUCGUUGUUCCGUAUCCUCAGUGGAUUGUGGCCAGCAUAUGGUGGCAAACUCCUGAAACCACCACCCAGCACAAUGUUUUACAUUCCUCAAAGGCCGUAUAUGUCUAUUGGAACAUUCCGUGACCAGGUAAUUUAUCCCGACACUCUUGAGGACAUGGUAGACAAAGGCUUCACUGAUAUGAACCUGGAGAAAAUCCUAGACAUUGUCAACCUGAGACAGAUCGUCGACCGAGAAGGAGGAUGGGAUGCUCGUAGUGAUUGGAAGGAUGUGCUCUCUGGAGGAGAAAAACAGAGAAUGGGGAUGGCUAGGAUUUUUUACCACAAGCCUCAGUUUGCUCUUCUGGAUGAAUGCACCAGUGCUGUGUCUAUCGACGUGGAGAGUAAGAUAUACCAGACAGUCAAGGAUUCUGGCAUCUCCCUGAUGACCAUCACACACAGACCAUCACUAUGGAAGUUCCAUACUCACCUCCUGCAGUUUGAUGGGGAGGGUGGAUGGAGAAUGGAAGAACUUGACUCUAAUACUAGAUUGUCUCUUAACGAGGAGAAACAACGUCUAGAAACACAACUUGCAGGAUUACCUAAAAUGCAGAAGAGGCUGAAGGAGCUGUGUGGUAUGCUAGGGGAAGACUCUGUGCUGCUGGAGAAGGAUGGAGACUCUGAGUGAUGGGGUGAGGUCGGCGCCCAUUAGAAUCCAAAUCUUUAUUAGUCAUAUCAAUUAUCAAUGCAAUCGUUUAGAUUUAUCCUGGGUAUGAUGGAGUGCCAGUUGUGUGAUCAAUACAUACAGAAGGUUAGUGUUGUGGGUGCUCGCUUUGGUGUAUGUGAUAGUCAGUAGAUAGAAUAUUUUAAUGUUUUUAAGUGAUUUAGAACAAUUUUUUAUUAUUAAUCAGUAUUACUGUUAUGUAUGAAUGGUUUAACAUGUAGUGGCUUUUGUUUCAUACCAAGCUGUUUAAGAAGACUGGAAGGUUGUAAAUUGUAUGGAAACCACUGUAAACCAAUUUUCUUUUGCUUGUGAUUUACGUUCAUGAAAUAUGCAAUCAAAACUAGAUCAAGAAAAUGCAUUGCCUCAAAUUUAGAUAAUGAUAAAAAAUACUGAUUUUCAUAGUUAAAAUUUUGGGGAUUAAUGAUAUAUAACUAUUCACCUCACGUGAAGUUUAUGUAUAGUACAAACAGUAAUUGCGUGAUUUUUCUUAUAUCUGAUGUUACCUUCAGUGUC